AUGCACUGGUAUUUUUCUAGUUUGCGAUUAUUAGUGUGGAAUUAUUCUGAAAAAGGACACGGGAAAGGGGCUCCUGAUGGUGUCGGAGCAGUUCUAAAACGAACUGCUGAUCAAAUAGUUGCGAGAGGGAAUGACAUUCCAAACAUUGAAAUUCUUGUCAGACACCUAAAAGAACGCUGUCCAGGAGUUAUUAUAGAAGUCGUUUAUGAGUCGGGCAUAUUAAAGAAAGAUAUGCUGAUUCCCGAAAAUUUAAAGGAAUUCCGCGGGACCAUGAGAACACAUCAGGUUGUGUGGAGUGCCAAUCAACUUCAGACUUUAGCUAUGAGAGAACUUAGUUGUAGCUUGGACAAUUGUUCACAAGAAGCCAUUCAAUGUUCUCACGGUCAACACAUUGGUUUUUAUACCAUAGAAGACAUUAAUAAACAACAGAGUCAUCACUCUGUUAUGUUAAACGUCAAAUCCGCGGAUAAAAGAAAGGUGACAUCGAAGAAAUCUACAUGCAACUCUUUGAUCAAACGUAGCCAAAUAUCUGCUACCGAAAUUCAGACUGGAAAAGAUACGGAUACAACCCAACAAGACCUCGACCUUCCCGAUGACGACAGCUUUUGGAUGGAGACUUCGUCAAUCGAUGAAAGACUUAUAACUCCAAAAUUCACCAGAGAUGUCCUAUCGACCCCCCCAUCAGAAAAGCGUAGAUGA